AAAAAUAUAAAAAUACUGUUAGAAUAUGUGCACGAUCUCCCCCGACACCGACGGCAGAUCCCUCGCGUCGCAGCGACUCUAGAAGCGCUCGCCGCCAAAACCACGUGAUACGGCGCUGAGCUCGGCGGCGCUCUCCGCUCGCCGCCUCACUCUCUACGAGAUAGUCGAGCUGCACGCACGCCUUCGGCUCUUGUCCCGCUCUGUCUAAGUUUAACCUUUAAUAAUAAAGUUACGCUACGCUCUAUUACUUGAUACACUGUCUUUUCUUCUUUAUUUCGUGCAACCUUAUCGCGUCCGGAUCCUUAUAUACCGACAGGUUAUGGGCCCAGCACGCUUCCACUGCGCGAAUUAGUGAAAAGUGACACGAAAAAAAAAAAAUAGAAGAAAAGCCAAGAGAAGUCGAGACGAGUUGACACCUGUACAAAGACACGAGAACGACCUAAGCUGAGAGACAAAAGAAGGAAGUCACGCAGCCAACAAGCAACACGCCCCGCUGUCCAGAGCCUGAAGGUCAGCACUCGAUUCCCUGGUAAACGGUGAACAAAACAAAGGCAAAAGUCACGAUGGCCGGAAAAUCCUACAAAUGGGCAAACUCGCAAACUGCACGUAAGUACGCAUAAAAAUAAAAACGUGCUUAUGAAACUCGUGAAGUAAAAUCAGCGGUACGCGAGUGUAUAAGAAAAGUGAAGUGAAAAAUAAAAAUCGCGGGAUAAAAAGCCGCAUUAGAAAAGAAAAGGCGCGAAAGUCGCGGAAAAGAGAAAGGCGCGAAUCAGUGUUGCAUCAGUUCGGCUUGUCAGAACUCGAAAAUCCGAACGCGCUUAAACAAAGAAAGUCGACCAAAACAAAAACGCAUUUCCGAGAAGUUCAAACGAACAGAAACGCGCGGUAAAAUUCCCGGUACGAAGCAACAGGCGAAAGAAAGGGGGGUUGCUAGGCAACCGAGCCAACAUGGCCGCCUCAUCUCUCUCCUGCACGUAAGCUAUACGGAACGGAGGGAGAGCCGCCGUUGCCGCGCUCUCGGCUCACGACGACGACGCGCAAGUUCAGGCGCACGCAGAAAAAGACGACGCUAGUUUAACCUGGCUCGUAAUAGGUUAACACGCGCGUGCAUGAAAACGGAGGGAGAGUUGCGGUCAUUACAACCACACGUAGCGGAAACGAUACACGGACGCGCACACAUACAUACGUGCACAAAAAGUUCGCGCUGAGUCAACUCAAACGUAAAGCGAAGGCAAUACAAGAUUGUGCGCAAGCGCACACGAAUUCACGUGACCGCUCACUUGUUGCGCGGCAAUUUUUGAAUUUCUUAAACGCACACCUAUGCAUCUAGUGCAAGUCUGCCUGCAUGCUGCACUGUUUACAGACACCGCGCAGGUGGGGCUGCUGAUGCAUGGGUAAACUAAGCAAUCAUUUAACGUAUUAAACUAGCAGAAAAUCAUCUAUAAAGAAAUUUAACGCGAUAAACGCGAACGUCGGCUUUCGCAUCUAGUGUAAGUCUGCCUGCGAGCUGCACUGUUUACAGACACCGCGCAGGUGGGGCUGCUGGUGCGCGAGCUCACUCUGCAAUAAAUUAAGCGAAGAAUUAAUUCAACACAACGACUCUGGUUUAUCAAAAUAAAUUAAGUUUGAAUAUUAAUUACAAAAUCUUUCGACAGCACGUAGCACAAGUACUGACUGGGAUGACAUACGCGCCAAGAUUCUGGAGUACUACGACCUGAAGGACAAAGAACCAAAUGAGAGUUUCUAUCUUCAACUCUACGGCGGAGGCGUUUGGUUAAUGAAUUCUAGGGACGAAACACUCCAACUAGACAUGAACAUCCUCAGUUUGGAAGAAGCAGCCAGACUCCUGGAAGUGUUGAAAGCUACAGAGGAUCGAGUGGUAGGGUUGAGAGGACCCGUAAGCCACUACAGCGACGCAGGGAGAGCAGGAGCCACUACGUCCACGCCCAGGGAUGACGACCAGACAUACAGCAUGAAUGAGAUCACCAAGCUGUUGCGUGAGAGCACCAUGACUCAAGUCAAGCUCAGCGAAAGGCUGGUAGAAGGAAUGAAGUCCCUCGUGGAGGAGAAUGCUAAGAUGAAUCAAAACUUCGAAAGGUUCACAACCAAGAUCAGCGGAGAUGUACAGCAACUGAUGAGGUCCGUUGAUAGUCUGAAGCUCAGAGGGCAGGAUGGACAGGCAGUAAAAGAUUGGCAGGAGAAGCCAACUCUUUCAGCCAACAACAAGCCAAGCAUCGUCAGCUGUACACGCCCGGCAGAACCGAUCAAGCUGCAUCCACGAGGACGCGGACGUGGCUUUCGACCAGCAAACCGCAAUCCGCUCACGCUUUUGGCUCCUGGACCAAGGGAGUUCGGACCUGCUGAACCCAGGUGCUCGUCCACACUAGUGGCCGACUCGUACGAAUGGAACGAGAAAAAUGAAGUAAGGAGAGAACAGUCGCCAUAUAAAGAUUGGCGCGUUGAAUCCGCCGAACGUCUUGGAAUCGCGCUCGACGAUUUGAAUAUUGACAACUCGAAGCAGAGAACCCCCGAAAAAUCAGCCCUGCUCGGAUUCGCAGAGGAAAGAAACCGUUCCUCUGAUGAAAGACCCAAAAGUAGGGAAAGGCCCAACAAACGGUGCGAGCGAUGUGGUAGCACGGCGCACUUGUCCAAGGACUGCAAGCACGACGAGCCUAAGUGCUUUAACUGCAAUAAGUUCGGGCACAUCGCCGUAGACUGCAGUGAACCACGGAAAGGGCCACCACGAAAGAGAGCGACUGAUCGCAACAGAAGUAUCUCUCCAAAGAGAAAGCAGAGGAGAGAGCAUAGCAGAUCUCGAUCAAAGUCACCUUUCAGACGACCUGGCACUCCUGCAAAAGAAUAACUAAGGGUCAGCCUGGAAACGAUGUCGAGGACAAUCGGGAGGGAGUGUUAGAAUAUGUGCACGAUCUCCCCCGACACCGACGGCAGAUCCCUCGCGUCGCAGCGACUCUAGAAGCGCUCGCCGCCAAAACCACGUGAUACGGCGCUGAGCUCGGCGGCGCUCUCCGCUCGCCGCCUCACUCUCUACGAGAUAGUCGAGCUGCACGCACGCCUUCGGCUCUUGUCCCGCUCUGUCUAAGUUUAACCUUUAAUAAUAAAGUUACGCUACGCUCUAUUACUUGA